AGUCUUAAGGGAUCGAUAGACGAGCCCAUCGUUGAGUUGAUAUCAGUGUUGAAUAAUUGUGGCGUUUAUUACACCACUUCUUCGUGUUCGGGAAGAAUCGCCGUUUUGGCCGACAAUAGCGGUGACGGACAGCUGAAGAAGUCGUCGGCCAAAUGGCUCUUCAUAUCACACCAAUUGGUUGUUGCGGACGACGUGUUGGAGGCCGUGAAGAGUGUCACCGACAACAACACCGAUACGACCGCCGCCGCCGAUAGUCGGCCGCAAUUUGCGUCCAUAAAAGUGGAACCGUUUGUACUUCACGUGUGCGCCGACGGCCUGUCGGCGGCCAAACAGCUGUUGGCUGUGGCCGUCGGCUGCGGUUUCCGUAACUCCGGUCUCACAAUCAGCAAAAGCGACCGCAUUAUUGUGGCCGUCAGGGGCUGUCACUCACUGGAUGUGCCCAUCAUUGGUGACCAGCGGCUGAUUGUGACCGAAGACUACAUUAAAUACAUUAUAGAAAUGGCGAACCAAAAGAUGACGCAAAACUUUGAUAAAAUCAAUAAAUUUUAUUCAAUGGUUAAGUGUUUGUGCGAUAAUCUUAAUAAUGGUAUAACAAGUGUUUAA